AUGGAGCGCCGUCUUCUGGAUAGGCUUGAUGACGUGGAGAAAGAGCUUCGUCGCUCGCGUGCGAGGUCGGCGUCACCAUCAGCUCCUCGCGCUGCUCCCGUCGUCCCUCUCUCCGCGCUCCUGCCCCACAAUCCUUUUGGAUCCCCGGCGCGCUCAGAGCGGCCGCUGCCUGCGGGGAUGGGCUUCGUGGGCGCUGGUGGCGGGCUGCCGUGGGCUCAGUUUGCUCCGCCGCGUCCUCUUCCUGAUCCGCGUGAUCUCGCCGUGACGUCUCACCGUGCCCGCGCGUCUGCGUUGCUUCCGCCGAUGAAGGAAGUUCCCACGGCGACCCUGGCCCGCCUGUGGUCGCUGGCAGCGUCCCUGCAGAGCCUUGAGCGGAUUCUCCAGGAGUCAUUUGACUCCAUGCCGGUGAGCCCUCCGAGCAGGUUCUCUCAGAAGCCGCGAGCUGAUUGCCAUGCGGCGGCGUCAGCGCUAUUCGCGCUCGUAACGCCACUGCAGGUAGAGCCCUCGCCGGGAGCAACCUCGGCCAGCCAGCUGGCUGACUCGGCCCUGGCUCUGAGGACGCUUGUAGCAGGUCCUGGUACUCCUGUUGACGUUGUUGGCGCCACCGUCAACCUGCGCAACAACCAGCUGACAGGCCCCAUACUGCAGCCCAUCCCAGCAUCCCUCACCUCCUACAAUCUCGAUCUCAACUACUUCUCCUCAGGCUUCUCCUCCCCGCCUAACUGCUCCCAAGGCGCCAUCUCCUUCCGCUUCAACUGCCUCCAAACCCAAGGCUUCUCCUGCCCCACUCCUGCCACGCCCUCUGCUGCGGAUGCAGCGGUGCAGCGGCCGGAGGAACUCUGUAAUGCCUUCUGUGGCGUGAGUGCUGCCGAUCCCCCAUGCAGCGGGCAUGGCUCGUGCUAUGCGGCCGGCCCAAACAAAUUCACCUGUGCUGCACGUGCCCUCCUGUCACUUCACCCACUGCACGCUGCUUUUUGUCCACUCGCUCCCUGCCCUCACCCUCCCGUCCUCCAGGCCUCCGAAGCACCUAUGUUUGCCUUCCCCACCUCAUCUGCCCUUGCCCGUCGCAUUCCUCUGUCCUUUCUGCCCCGUUGCUCACCUGCCUUUCCCCACCUCAUCUGCCCUUACCCACGCUCUCCGCCAGGCGUGCCAGGUGACCCAGUGGACAUUGUGCCAACAGCAGCACAGACAGCAGUCAAAGGGCAAGCAGCAGUGGCAAGCAAUGGGCGCAUCACGCUCACAGCCUCUCAGCCCAACACGUGGGGCGCAGCGUUUUUCCAACUCCCCGUCUCGCUCUUCUCCUUUUCCCUCAAAGCCGGUGCCUGCGGUCGCCCCUUCGCCUUCACCGUCUAUUUCUCCUUCUCCAUUCUCAAGCCUACCACAGCCAACGCUGCUGCAGAAACAGGGGACGGGUUUGCGUUUGUGAUUGCAGCGAGUGACACUGUAACAGGCGGUAGCAGCGGCAGUAGCGACGGCAGUGGUGGCGGCGGCAGCUUGGGGUAUGCAGGCAUGGAUGAGCGCAGCAUAGCCGUGGAGUUUGACACUUCUAAGAGCACUGAUGCCAAUGACCCAGACAGAAACCACGUGGGGCUCAGUGUCAAGGGAAAAACCACCUCCAUCGCAACAGCCAAAGCAGGCCUUACUCUCAACGACGGCACUCCAAAACACGCCUGGGUUGUCUUUGAUCCCUCUCCUUCCUCCUCCUCUACUUCCACCACAGCUGCCAACGCCGCUAUUGCUAAGGGCACGGGGUCACUGCAAGUGUUCCUCUCGGCCAAGGCAUCCCCCCAACCGAGCAAGGCAGUGCUGUCGGUGCAGGUGUCCCUGUGCCAUUACCUCAAGCCCACCAAACAGGAGGAUUCGUUCCUCAUGGGAUUCACUGCUUCUGCCUCUGACUCCCCACAGCAGCACUCCAUCCUCGCCUGGACCAUCAACGCAGGCCUGCCAGAAACAACCACUCUCAAAGACCAGCAGUUUGGGUUCCAAUUAAGCGAGGCAUCCCUAAAGCCAGUGGGGGCUAACCCUUUCUUCCGCUAUGCCAGUGGGGGCGUGCAGCCUCUGCAGGCGCCAGCAGCAGGAGGAGGGGAGGACGAGGAGGUGUGGGUUGUGAGCCAGGCGUUCUCCUGGGCCGACCUGAGUUUGCCUUGGCCCGUUAAAAACCAGGGUCCCUGCGGCGACUGCUGGGCGUACGCGGUGGUGGGCAGCAUAGAAAUGGCCUACAGCAUUCUCUCCAACCUCUCCGCCGUGCCGCUCCUCUCCGUCUCCCAGCUGCGUGAAGCCCUCGGCUCCUCAUGCUCGCAGGGCAACUCGCCCUCCCAGGCCUUCCAGUAUCUCAUCACCCUCAAUGCCAAGAGCAACAUUGGGCUGACGGAGGAAGGGAAGGGGGGGGCGGUGGUUAGCGGGGGCGGGGGAAAUAAGAAAGGCAGCACGAGCCCAAGUCCGCUCUGUGGAAUUCCUGUCUUUGCUCAGCUUGUGAAAGUGCUUGGGAUCUCGUGUGGUGGUCCACGCCGCACCACUGGGUCGAGCAAGCCAUCGGGGGGGCCGUUCAGAGUGAACGGGUUUGAGCGCACGGCGUUCCAUGGCUGGUUUGGGCUGCUGCUGGCAGUGCAGCGACAGCCCGUGGUGGUGCAUGUGCAGGCCACCGCCCCCUCCUUCCUCAACUACGAUGGGCUAUCCAAGUACGCGGACCCAGAAUGCUUCACAUACAACCUGAACCACGUGGUGCUGCUGGUGGGCUAUCGCCUCACCGGCUCAGACCCCACAUUCCCACACAUGGCACCGCCCUUCUGGAUCAUCCGCAACUCAUGGGGCGCACAGUGGGGUGAUGGCGGGUACAUGCGGAUGGACAUCCAGGGGGGCGAUGGCGUGUGUGGGAUCAACACGCUGCCUGGGAUCUACCCGGUGGUGCGCGCUGCUGCCGACCCCUGCAACGUCAACAGCACGAGCAAGGAGGAGUUUGGGUCGCUGUUCAACCCAUGUGGCAACUUCACAUGCGCUGUUGAUGGAAGCAGCAACCGCUGCGAUUGCAACGACCCGCGGUUUAUCGAGGCUCGCAAUCCUGACAACACACGUACUUGUGCUUACAAGGAUGCAUGCAGGGCGGCGGUGCGCAAUCCGUGUGCAGUGGGCACAUGUGUGAAUGAUGGCAAGGGGUCGUACUCGUGUGUGUGCCCUCCGGGUUUCAGGCAGGGCACCACCGUAGAUGGCACCUUCUCCUGUGGUCCAGGCGACUCCAGCAGCAAGUACACGGUGGUGUUGGAGGGACUCACGUGUGCCGACAUCCACCCCGUGUAUGGGCUCACUCUCGCCCAGCUGCAGACUCAGAACUCGGGUCUGAGCUGCAGUGCUCCUCUCGCUGUCGGCACGGUGGUGAACGUGGUCCAGCCAGCCGACCUCACGCCCUGCUCCGUCUACUACACCACGUCCCAGGGCGACACAUGCGAGUCACUAGCCACCUACUUCUCUCUCACAGCCGGCUGCCCCACUCCCACCGAGCCCUGCGCAGAGGCCUUCCAGACGCUCAACCCUGGGCUGGACUGCUCCGGCAGCGGGGAGCUGGUGGGCAGCCAGGCGGUGUGUGUGGAGCGGCGGGCGGAGAGUGCAGCGGCGCUGCUCAUCCCGGUGUGCUCGCAGUUCUAUCUGGUGCAGGCCAGGGAGACGUGCGACCAGAUCCGCUCCGUGCCCUCCCCGCCGCUCUCCCCUCUCGAGUUUUUCCGCCUCAACCCCGGCAUCAAGUGCAGCCGCCUCGUGCCCAAGACUGACGUCGGCAGCCUCACAGGCUUCGAGGUCUCCCUCUGCUCUCCUCUUUCUCCCCACUACCCUCUCCCCUGCUUUAUCCUCUCCUCCCGUCUUCGCCCUCCCCCCACUCGUAUGUGCCCUCUCCUCUUGCCUCUCGUUUUCCCAAAUCCUGCUAAAAGUUCCUAG